GCGCCCGAAUCCAGAACCUUGGCGAGCGACUCUUGAGGCUAGCGCGGUCAAACCAGAGCAGCGCCACUAUGGAAGUUUAGCCCAUCCCAAGGACCAAGACACUCGGGAUCGGCCAUGGCCUGGCUCUGAAGCCUCCUGGUGUCAGGAAAAGGCAAAACGUGGUGCCGAUUAUUGACUUUGGGGCAACUCCACCGGAGCCAACCAGACUGACUCUCGUCCGGCCAGCUGAAGGACGCCUCCUCCCCAAUAAUCUUUUUCCCUCUCCUGCUUUCCCCCCCCCAAAUGACUCGCCCGCUCCCCUCUUCGUCCUGCUCGCCUCCUCUGUUCUUAUAUCCUCCCGAUUGCCCUUCUCGAUGCCACCACUAUCCUGCUGCAGUUGAGCCAGAUACCUUGCUCCUUUUACUUCAACCGCCCCUCUCCUCCGUUUUGAAUGGCCGCUUCGUCCCCGUAACCUGCGAGCCAGGCCAUGGCCACCCGCCUUCCUCCUCUGAACGAUGUCGCUCCUCCAGCGGCCCUUGAGUCAUCAUCGUCAACCUCCUCCUCCUUCUCUUCCACGAUAGCUCAAGGGCUGCCCACUGUUGCUCCGGCUGCGACUGCUGGCCCGGACGUGGUGAAACUGGAAGAUUCCCCCACUCCGUCCGCAUUGACCUCCGCGGAUGCAGAAACUCCCGCACCGGACAACAAUGGACCCCCGGCGACAGGUGCAGGUCGCAAACGCAAAUUGAACUGCACCUCUGCGCGAGGCGUCGCGAACCUCACGCCCGACCAAUUGGCCAAAAAGCGGGCCAAUGACCGGCAGGCCCAGCGUGCCAUUCGCGAGAGAACGAAGGCGCACAUCGAUACUUUGGAACAACGAGUCCGUGAUCUCUCAUCGCAAAAACCAUUUUUGGACCUUCAGGCAGCGUUGAAGCAGAACGAAGUUAUCCAGGCAGAGAACAGAGAGAUCCGACAAGGGCUGAAGGUGAUUAUGGAUAUCAUUCAGCCUCUCCUGGGAAAGCAAGACAAGCCGAACCCUCUCACUUCCACGCCCUCAGCCAAUAUUCGAAUUCCCCCCAUAACCAUGACGCCGCCUUUGUCCGACAGCAUCCAUUUCUCGACCCAUUCUCAGCGACCCGCCGCAGGCGAGCAUCCGUACGCUGACUCUACUGCGAGCACUGAGACCUCUACUUCCACCGCACAUGCGGCAUUCACGUCCAGUGCGACCCGCCGCGAAAUUACAACAGCCGGUACAGGUUCUUUUCGCAUCGCGUUUGACUAUCAACGACACAAUCUGGCUCACGGUCUGGACUUUGGCGGAACGGAUGAACGGAUGGGCUUCAACUUCUUGCUCGAUGCAUCUCAGCGAGUUCCCAAAGUGGAAGGGUUUCGACGUUCCUCGGAGACGCUGAGGCCUCCUUUGAAUACAUCCCCAACAUACCCAUCGCCGGUUCAUACCGCUAUGGCGGAGCAGCCACUGCCUGCAUUCCUGACCCCGAUUCGCAACAUCGCUCCGACAUGCACGCUAGAUGCCAUUUUGUUGGACUUCCUUCACAAUCGUCAGAGCCAAGCUGCGAAGGGGGUACCAAAACAGAGUCUCGUAGGGCCUUCUUAUCCCAGUGUCUCGUCCUUACUCAAUCCGGAGAAAAGCGUUUAUUCACACCCCUUGUCAAAAGUUUUCACCGAUAUCUUGCGGACGUUCCCGGAUAUCUCCACUCUGCCUGAGCAAGUAGCUGUGCUGCUUCUCAUGUUCCUUAUUAUGCGGUGGCAGAUUUAUCCGACCCCCGAAAAUUACGACCGAUUGCCCGAGUGGCUCACUCCUCGUCCGUCCCAACUUCUCACAGCUCAUCCGGCCUGGAUCGAUUACCUGCCUUGGCCACGGAUGCGAGACCGCUUGGUAAUGUCGUAUCAUGAAUAUCCAUUUGAGAAUUGGUUCAUCCCCUUUACACGCACCUUGUCCGUCAACUGGCCCUAUGAGGCGACAGAUUGCCUUCUGUCUUCGGGCGACGGCGAUGAGCUUAUGAUAAAUCCCGUCUUUGAAAGGCACUUCCGCAACCUCAGUAACUGGUCGCUGGGGCCCGCAUUUGCAGAAGCCUACCCUUCCUUGGUAGAAACCACAAAAAUUCGAUCCUCGCAGUGAUUCAAAGAAAUUUGGAUCAUUUCCUUGAUAUGGAUUUGAUGAAUCGAGUAUUGCUCUA